CAUUCGACCGUGAGACGUGCGUAAAAUAUUUUCAUCUUAACCUCCUCAAAAUUUCUUUUAAAUCGAAUAUCCCGUCAUCGAUUUAGAAGAGGAAGAAGAGAGCGAAGAAUGAAGUGGAGAGAAAGAAUGCAGGGAAAAUUGUUGGAGAUUGAGGGGCGAUCGACUAGUCACGAGUCGCGAUUUACGAAAAGAGUAAACGAAGCAGAGCAGCGGCGUAAGAGGAGUAAGUAAAUACGAGGUGAGGGUUGGAACGUGGAACGCAUGUACACAACGAGGUCGUUCUCUAGCAUCUAUACGCGUAUUCUGACUCACGUACAACCACGAACGAGAAUAUACGGGCGUGCGAACAAACUACAACGAACGAGGGGAACGUUCGGUCUCGAUCGUGAUUUCCGAAUGCGCCUCUCUGUACAAACGAACCGUCCGACAACGUUGCUACGUUACAAGCACCAGCGACAGAUACAGAACGGUGAAACAAAACGUCGAGCCCCCGCUAAGACGCCGACGAAGACAACGACCAACAACAAGGGACGAGUGACGGGGUUGAAGCUGCUCGGCAUAAACGUCCCGGCAUACUCCCUUAGGGGCAAGAGUGCGCUUCUCGAGUGCAGAUACGACCUAGAAACGGACAAGCUCUACUCCAUCACGUGGUACAAGGACCACGAGGAAUUCUACAGAUACGUGCCCAGAGGGGAGCCCAAGAAGCACACCUAUCACGUGGAGGGGGUUAAAGUUGACUAUCGGCGCUCCGAUCACCAGCAAGUUCUGCUUCAGAACGUGAGCCUGUACACCAGCGGGAAAUACAAGUGCGAGGUGAUCACAGAGGCUCCUAGCUUCAAUGCGGUCAACGCGGAAGCCAAUAUGGAGAUCGUAGGUUGUUGUGAUUGCAGUUCUACCUCAAGAGGGACCGUUGAUAACGGGCGAGGAGAAGAUUUACGCGAGCGGCGACAUCCUCGGUCUGAAUUGCACCAGCGGCAAGUCUCAUCCCGCCUCGACGUUCAAAUGGUUCAUCAAUGGGAAGCAGGUGAAGCCCGACACGGAAAUGGUGUUCGAGCAGCACGGACUCUACUCGGUGAUAUCCAGUUUACGGCUACAGUUGGAACCGAAUCACUUCGCUGGCGACAAAAUAAACGUCAGAUGCGAGGCGACCGUGGAAUUGGAUUCAAACUCGGACGCGCUGCUCCUCGAGACUCGCACAACGGAAGUUUUCGUCGCAGGACACGCGACCACCCUCGCGUCUGCCGUCUGCCGCUUGACGGUGGUUAGCGCGCUGCUCGCCGCGCUGCUGGUCUAGGAGUAGGAUCGACGACGAGCGCGGCCGGCCGCGCUUCCCUCCUCCGAGGAGCCGUCGAGGAGGAGACCGUCGUCGGAAGGAGAGAGGGCGAAGCGUCGAUGAGAGUGGGGAAGAAGAGGAGAGGAGAGGAAAUGGAAAUGGUUUCGAAAGGACCGCGUUUGGCUACUUGGCCGGAUGGACGAUCAUCGAUCCAGAGGAGGGAGGAACGCGGAGCCCGGAUUUACCGUGCCGCGUAUUACGGCACGCGACUCGAAAAUACGAUUUACGAGGGUGUAAGCCGAUUAAUUCGGAACGAUUCGACGGGAG